AUGGACUUUUGCCAACUGCUGCGUGAGGAACGACAACGAGCACGUGAAGUUGCACAAACCAAGUCUCCAAUAAUUCUUGAAUCAAAAUUAGCCGAGAAAAAGACAAAAGAUGAGCAAGAGAUUCCAUCUUUACUGCAAAAUGCGUCCUUAAAAGUCUGGACGAAAAGGUCAAAGAUUGACAUUGAAAAGUUUGUCAAAGGUUCAAUUCCUGGAGUUUAUUACAUUCCUAAUUGGAUCACGCAGGACGAAGAAGCGGCCAUUUUGGAACGGGUAUAUGCAAUCCCGAAUGAAAAUGACAAGUGGGUGAAGCUCAAGCAUCGUCGUCUACAAAUGUGGGGAGGAGAAGUCAAGAUCCCGUUCAAUUCUGAACCAUUGCCUCAAUGGUUGAUGCAAAUCAGCCAUACGUUGGUCGAUAUGGGGGUCUUUACUGAAGAGAAGAAGCCAAAUCAUGCAUUGAUAAAUGAAUACGGCGUGGGGGAUAGCAUUAUGCCACAUGAAGACGGACCUGCGUACUUUCCUCUCGUGUCUAUUAUCAACACGGGCGCUGAAUGCCGUGUGACGUUCGAGCGGCAUCGUGAAGCUGACAUUCUGACCGAAACACAGUCGGCGACGCAAAACGACAAUGUUCGACACUUCGACUUUCAGUUGGAACGUUGCAGUCUAUUGCUGUUUACAGGAGAAGCCUACACGCGCUACCUGCAUAGUAUCGACAACGUUGAAGUAGGCACGCGCAUUUCACUGACAAUUCGCCACGUUGAUCUCCACUAA